GCUCCUGGGCCUCUUCUAGCCUCGUGCUCCGGGGUGUUACGUCACUCUCUGCAUUUGGAUUCGGCAUGAGGAGGGAGGACAGGAAGGCAGAGUGGGGCAGGGGGAUCUGGUGAGCCUCAGAUCUGGCCUGAAACAUCCCCAGAGACUGCUGUCUCCUCGGCCCCAUGCUUCAGGGAGAGCAGAGGGAGGCUGAUGAGGAACCCAAGACGUGUCACACAGAGCCUGCACCUUGUCAGCCCCCGCGCGUCUGUCUGUCCUGCUGGCUCUGUGGACUUUGUGAGACACCAGCACGGCUGGGGACCAUGGGAGGCACAGCCACGACCCCGACCCUCACUGCCCUUCUCUGCCUCGCCGCGCCCUGUGGCGGCCUCAGGAGGGGGCGUGUCCCUGGCAGCUCACAGUUUGCAGCGGGCACUCUGCACCUGCUGAAGGAGGGAGGCGCCGACCCGCCCGACGCCAGACAUCGAGGACCCAUGGGAGGGGACAGGCCGUGUGCCCUGUGGGCCCCCUAAACUCCUCCCGUGGGGGAACCCGCGGAUGCUAUGAUUCUCCCAGCUCCCUGCACAUGUGUGGUCACACCCCAGUCACCCUCUGCAUCGCCAGGUCACAGGUGAGGGCCCCCAGCCCCACCGUUUCCUGGACCCCUGACCUGAGCCUUGUGCCCAGUGAGCCCUGGGGUGAUGGGGGGUCAGGGGCAGUGGCCUCCCGGGGCAGAACCACUGGCGGGAGGCCUGGGAGGGACCAGGAGAGCUCUCACUGCAGCCCCAGUGAGCAGUGUGGGGUGUGCGUCCCCCUGGGUGCCGCUGUCCCUUCUCUGCAGGGGUGUACAAGGAGCCCUCGCUCUCAGCCUAGCCAGGCUCUCUCGUGCGCCGUGGAGACAGGCUGAUCGCCGGUGAGCAGCCCCUGUCCUGCCCCACGUCCUGACUGUGCUGUCAGGGUGCUGGGCCCAGAGCCACCCCUGGUGGUGAUGGGGUCCUGGGAGGGGUCCUAGAGCAGACACUGAGACAGGGCAGUGGUCCAGGGAGAGUGAGUGAGAAAAAUGGAGCGGGUGCCGGGAGAUAAGAGAGACCCACACAGAGGGGCUGAGAGCAGCUGAGAGGGGGUCACAGAGAGGGUCCCUGGAGAGAGGAUGGUGGUCCCUCAGCUCAGGGUCAAGGGUGUGUUGGGGGUGGCUCUGUACACAUCACGACCUUCCUCGCCCCCAGGAAUGUACAGGAAACCCUCCCUCUUAGCCCAGCUGGGGGCCUCAGGAACCAGCAGAGAGAACGUGACCCUGCAGUGUGGCUCUGAGGUCUGGUCCAAUCCCCUCCAUCUGUCCAAGGAGGGGUCACUCACUCCUCUCCAGAACCUUCGUCUGCAGGACAUGGCUCUACCCUUUCUGAACAACUUCACUUUGAGUCCUGUGACCUCAGCCCACAGUGGGACCUACACGUGCUAUAGCUCACUCAGCACCUCUCCCUCCCUGAUGACACAGCCCAGCGACCCCUGCAGCUCCUGCUCAGGUCUCAAAUGGUACCUGAACAUCCUGACUGGGGUCUCAGUGGCCUUCGUCCUGCUGCCCCUCGUCCUCGUCGUCCGACACCGGGGUCAGAGCAGACGCAGGAAGUCGGCGGCUGCAGCAUCAGUGCUCGAGGACAGAGGCCGGCAGAAGAGGCAAGACCUCUCCCAAAGACUCCCACCCCGGCCAGCCUGCGCGCAGCUCCCGCACUGCCCCUCACACUCCUCUCUCCCUACCGAGCUCCAGCCCAGCUGCUGACGUCCAGGAGGACAGCUUGUGUAAGGGGAAGAGGGGCCAUACUGGGGGCAGGAGACAAGGCCAGACAAUGUGGGUGGGCAGUGAACACCGGGGAGUGGUUGGAAAGGGUUCUGGGCUUGGGGAUGAGAGAGCUCGAAUCUGAUACUGUGUGGCCUUGGCCACAUCACUGACCCUCUCUGGACAUCUGCUGUGUGAGAUGUCAGGGAAUCUCGGCAAGAGAUGGGACCCCCUUGUUCUGUCCCCACCGGAUGCUGUCGUGGAAGACACACAGCCGGAGGACGGCAGGCAGCUGGUCAGGUCAGCUGCCCCAAUCCUGACCAGGGCACCCACACCUCCUUGUUCAGACGUUAAAUCCAGCGGACACUGAACCCUGACGCCUCUCAACUCCUGGCAGCCUCUCCCUUCUGGAAGCACCUGCCCUGUGGGCUGCUGCAACCCCACACCUGGUCUCCUCUGACCUUCAAGGUGUUGAAUGCUCAGGUCGAGCUGGCAGGGCUGAAGGUUAGGGCUAAGAGUCUGUGCCCCCCACAAAGGGGCUAAAUCCAAUCCUGGGGUUGCAGAGAGGCCCAGAGGGGAUGCCUUCUAAACUCCAGAGGAUUCUAAAAUACUCGCUCGUCCCUUGGCUGCUCCAGGCUGGGUGAUCCAGCAACGUACCUCGUGCGUUGGUUAACGGGUGAGGAUCAGCUCCUGUUCACACUGGAGAACCCUAGCUCGCUCCCAGGCUGCAGCGGGGUCCCACUGUCCCUCCAUGUUGAU